AUGUCAUCAUUUACUAUCGAGAAUAUCUAUGGUAUUGGAUCAUUUCGAUUGUGUGCAGGCUUUCCAUCAUCUAUUAAAUCAACUGAAAAUUUAAAUUCUCACAUUUACGAAUCACCAUUAAAUGGAUGUAUACAAAUUUAUAAUUAUUCAACAAAUGAACGUUCUCAUUUUGAACAUGUUUACGAUGAUAUUACUGUUGUUAUGCUUUACAAUGAAUAUACCGAUCGAAUUUUAACAUGUUCAUACUCAGGUAAAUUAAUUAUCUGGUCAAGUAAUUAUCAAAAACGUUUUGUUGAACAACAAACUCGAAUAAAUCACAUCCAUUACGGCUGUUGGACACGUGAUGGUACAACGAUUUAUCUUUGUUCUCGAUUCGAUGGUACACUUUUAUCCCUGUCUUAUGAUUCUAAACAUCACUCAGUAACGGAAAAUUGGCUUCGACAUUGGGCAACAACAAAAGCUGAUUUAGAAAAAGUGCAUCCAAUUAUAGAAGAUUCUCCGUCGUCAUUAAAUAUAGCGGAGAAAAUUGAAACAUCAAAUACGUACGUUGCUGGUUCGAUUGGUUAUGAAUUUGUUACAUGUACAGCUGUGCGUCGUCAUUUAUUUGCUGUACUCCAACGACCACAAGAACAUGUUCGUGUACAUGAACUCAAUUUUCGUAAUGGCCAUCUGAUUAACGAUCUGAAAUUAGAAAAAGCUAAAGCAAGUCAAACAUUUCUAUGCGGUACAACAACUACACUUCUUGAUAAAAACACUGGAAAAGAAUUUUUCGCUAUUGGACUUCAAUCGGGUUUAAUUUUUAUUAUUGAUACAAAUCCAUUACGAGUUCAUACUAUCAUAAAUGCUUCUGGAUCCCCACAAGCGAUUAUCUGGUGGCAUUCCUAUUUGUUAACAGUUGGUUAUAUAUCGUCGAUUGUAAAUGUCUACUCAUUAGACGGUGCACUUUUGGCUUCUGGCGAAGGUGCGCCAACAACUGCUGUUUGUCAUUUACAAUGGAAUUCUGAUGAACAAGAUUUACUAUGGAUUGGUGGUUAUAUGGGUUUGACACUUGUACAUAUGGAAUUAUUUUUUAGUCGCCCACCUUCACCAAUUGACAAAGUUAUAUUUACAAUAUUAAACACAAUCGUCGACGAAACAUCAUCGUCCGUUAGUUUAACAACAAUACUAAGUAGAUCGUUACAUGAAACAGCUGGCUGCGGUUUAUAUAUGGACAAAGAUGAAAUAUUGUCAGGUGAUCUUUCGGGAAACAUUUUUCGAUGGGCAAUAAAUAAUGAUACGAAACCCAAAGGACAUAUUGUUAUACCUGAUAGUGUUCGAUGUUUUGUAUCGAACAAUUUGGUUGGCACAUUAUCCGGCGUAUUAUAUCAAAUCGAUACGCAGGAAGUUAUUGAAGAUUUUGCAGUGUCAAUCAUUUGUUCGGCAUGGAAUAAAAGGAAAACAUCUUGUUUGAUUGGUCUGGGUGAUGGAAAAUUGAUAGAUUUACAUACAAAAAGAAUCAUUGGUUUACAUGAAAAUAAUGCCGAAAUAUGGAGUGUUUGUUUGAGUCCCAAUGAAGAACUAUGUGCGACGGCUUCGGAAGAUCAAACAACAUGCAUAUGGAAAGUUGAUGGUGAACAAAAUCUAAUCGCCACUCUUACAGGACACACAACAGCAGUAACAGCUGUCGAUUGGAAACAUGAACGAAUUUAUACAUGUGCUGAUGAUCGAUCCGUACGAAUUUAUAGCACUCAAUCAAAUGCAUACAAUUGUCUUUACGUAUUGAAUACGCCGAAAUCUCUGUUCGGCUGGUUUACAUUGACAUAUUUACGAGUCGAUGAAGAUCAAAAAUUAAUAAUUUGUACAACACAAAAUGGCUAUUUAGUUAUAUGGCGUGAUGACGAAACGAAUGUUAAUGGAAUACCAAUUUUAUGUAAAAAAAUUCAUUUCGGAAGUUUAGAAGGUUUAGCGUAUGAUAAAGACACUCAUCGUGUAGUAACGAUCAGCAGUGAUUGUACAGUGACUUCACUUCGUUUACAUACGGACUGA